AGGAAUGUGAUUUUAUAGAAAUUGAAAUUAAAUAUGGAAUUCUCCAGAUUGCCGAAGCGUUAAGUUACCUCCACACCACAGAACAGAUGCUACAUCGAAAUAUUUCGCCCCAAUCCAUACUACUAACCAGGCGAGGAGGAUGGAAGAUGGCCGGGCUGGGCUUUGCUGAGAAAGCACUUAAAGAUGGCAAGGAUUCUUUCCAAUCGGUUCCAUGGACACCGAAAAUGCCAAAAAUGGCCCAACCUGACCUCAACUAUAUGGCACCUGAAAUUAUCAGUGAUAAAACAUGUACAUCACUAAGCGACAUUUUCUCUCUCGGAAUGGUUGUAUGUGCUCUUUACAAUUCUGGCCACCCGCUCAUUGAAGCCGAACACAGUGUCAGCUUGUAUCUCAAAAAACUAGAACAGAUGCACGAUGAAUUUGGUAAAGUGGCCCACAAGAUGCCAAUCCACAUCGUAGAACCGGUGGAAAAGAUGAUAAACCGAGAUAUCAGAUACAGACCAACAGCUCAGGCCUUCGCUCUCAUGCGAUACUUUCACGAUCCUAUUAUUACGUGUCUGCAAUGCUUGGAUUUAAUAGAAUUACAGGAUGCUACACAGAAAUCUGAAGUUUAUGCGAGUCUAGUUCAUAUUCUUCCAACUAUACCAAAGAAAAUUAUAUACAAACAUAUCUAUCCGAUUUUAUUGAACGAAUGCCGUUCCCCUGAUAUCACCUUAGCUAUGUCACCCCUAUUAGGGAUCAUCGAAUUGGCCAGCCGCGAAGAAUACUCGGAAAUCCUUAUUAACGACAUACGAUACCUUAUGGGGAUGUCGAAACCGAUUCAGGUAAGUGAUGUGACUUCAUUCGAUAGAUCAAAAGUUCUUAGGAGGUUUUACCUAUAA